AUAAGUAUCGGUUGCUCAGAGCCCAAUGGAGUUCGAAGCUGAAACUUUUCGAGACCCAUCAAGCCAUGAAGGACGAUUACGAGGUUGAAGAAAAGAAGCAAGCUGCUGCUGAUGUUUUGUUUCAGUACUCAAAAUUUGUAAUGGCAUGUAUAGGAAAUCAAGCUCGGCCAUGUGACUUGAGGUUGCACUUAAUGAAGGAGAUUUCAGGAUUGCCAACUUCUCUAAAGAGGGAGUCAUCCCAAAUGGCAGCUUCUCCUGAUGCGAUGGGUGAGUCAUCAAGCUCGGGUACAGCCAGACUUGAUAAAAUUGACAGUUUUCGAGCACUGUAGUCUGAGAACCUAGCUUCUGCGAUAUUGUUGUGCUGGGGAUCUGUGUAUCGGUAUAUAUCUAUGUACUUUGCACUUCACCGCCUUUGGGUUCACUCCAUUCGCACAUGGUGUUCAUGCUGUAUUGCAUAAAGAUUAUGUAUUCCAAACUUUCAUUCCAAGGAUUUGUAGACCAUGUAUUGAUUUUUGUCAUUCAGCAAAUGAUUCUGAUUUUGUA